CACUAUGGUUCUCAAAGGCAUCUUGAAGAACAGCGAAGCGGGGCCGAGCAAGCCCAAGGCCGGCGCCAAGGCGAGCGUGCGCACGCGCGUCGCCAAGCCGGCCGCGCAGCCGUCCAAGCCGUCCAAGUCCAAGCCGACUACGAAGGGCAAGGUACGAGUCGAGGCGCCCGCGCCCGCGCCCGAGUCCGACGACAACGACUUUGGCGACGAGCUAGACACGGACGAGGAGAUCGAGCGCGCCAACGCGCCCGGAGAGAAGAAGGCGCCAAAGAAGAAGCGCGUGACGACAGCCUCCGACUUUGGCGCGGCGCUCACGGGCCUGAUCGCGGAAUCGGCGCGGCCGAAGAAACGCAAGGCGGAGGCGGAGACGGAGCACGCGGCGCGCAAGAAGGCGCCCGCCCCCAUCCUCGCCCUCUCGGCUAAGCCGCUGCCGCCCAGCAUGGCGGAGGAGCGGCUGGAGCGGCGCGCGGCGCGCGCGCUCAAGGCCGAGCGUGAGGCGCGGCUCGACCGCGCGCGUGUGCGUAAUGUACUCGAGGGAUGGGUGCCGGCGGACGGGGCGGGGGUUGGGAGCCAGGAGUUUGAGCGCGGGCUCAGGAAGACGGCGCAGCGUGGUGUGAUCAAGCUGUUCAAUGCGAUUCUCGUCGCCUCGAAAAACGCCGAGGCGCAGGCGACAACGCUCGCGCAAAAGGCGGGCGUCAAGCCCGAGGCGCCGAAGAACAAGAGGGAGAAGGACAAUAUUCUCGGCCGUGGCGGACAGGAGACGCUUACCAAGGAGGGCUUCCUCGACCUUGUGCGGCGUGGAGGGCAGUAGGGCGGCAGUGGUGCCAGGAAAGAAGCACAACGAGGCGUGGAGUUAGAGGAGGGGCAAGAGACCAGCGCCGAGGAUGCGGUUGCACGAGUGGCGAGUGAGGACAGAGCACAUUUAGACAGGGCCAGACUAUGCAUAUGUAUAUCCUAG